AAUUAAUAUAGUAUAUAUAUAUUGGUCACCUAAUUUUUCCAUUUUAAAAGAAAUCCAUUUUCUAAAUAAUAAUAGUUAAUUUGACCCGUCACCAACUAAGUAAUUUAAGGUUUGAGCCCAGAAACUGGAAUCGAAUAUUAUUGCAAUAGAAAUAGAACAAAGUUAUGGAGCUGGAAUUGUGCAGCUAGCCUCGUGCACUGCUGAUACAAAUUGCUGACUCCAGGGCUAGCUAGCCUCUCACACAGGCCUAGUCCUUUUUGAUUGGCCACGGCCGCUGAGGCGAUGACCGCGGCUUGACCUGCUGAGCCGGUGAUCGUCAGUCGCGUUCAAAAUUAUAUGUAGUUAACAUCUCGGUCCGCGUCCUCUCUAUCUAUGUAAUUAAUGUAACAUUGGUUAAAAUCAUCUUCUAAAUUUAAUUUGUUUAUAAAGUAUUACUUGUAUUAUUUUGUAGCAUGAAUUUAAUGACCAAUUGUAUUAGUGAAUAAAAAUUCGAAAUUAAACUUAUUUAAUCAAAUCCAAUCGCCACGUGAGUAGUUCUUUUACCUGAGUCAAAGCAUCGGAAGUUCUGAUUAAUUCUUUAAGCGGGUUCAGUGGAGUUACAUUGGUGUCAGGUGUGGGGUUCCUGUGCAAGAAUCGGGACAAAUCGUCAGAAGUCGUGAAAUCUGCGCUGAACGUGAGAUGUCUUUGGAUAAAGGAAUCAUUUUGUUUGUAUUGGGGGCAGUGUGCCGUUUGGUGAGCUGCUUCCACCAAGGUAUAAUCUUCGAAGGAGGGCAGGAGGUCCUCUUGACGGAUAGCCACUGGAAGAUAUCAUUGAGGUACAACCUAACAGAACUUCAAGUACAAGGCCAAAAUCUGAGUGGUCUGGUGGUAGAGGUAAAAGAGUAUCUGGACCAAUUCUACGACCAACUUUUGAGGGAUAACGUAAGUAUGCAUUCCCCACUACCUCAACUCGAGGCAGGUUUCAGAUACGAAUUCACCGGUAUCCAACAGAAUAUAAAAGAGUAUUUACGGGAAGUGAGUGAGUUAGUAAAUUUACUUCCUAGACGACGUGCCAAACGUGGUCUAGUGGACGCGGGCGGUCACGUUUUAAGAUAUCUUUUUGGUACCUUAGAUAAUAGCGAUUUGGAAGAAAUUAACAGCGAUGUAAAACAUCUGUAUGCCGCUUCUGACAGUAUAAUCCAUAAUAGUCAGGAACAAAUAACUAUUCUGGCCAACGUUCAGUCAGAAUUAGUGAGUCAUUCUAAAACAAUAAAUUCCAUAUUAUCAACAGUAAAAGCUUACCACGCGGUAAUGCAUCAAACAGUUAGUAGGCUUUUCAAAAAUGACCAAAUAAUGCAACAACAGUUAAAAAAUUUGUUCAGUUAUUUGAAAUUAAAUUCGGCAGUUACAGAAACCAAGAAUACAGUCCUAGAGGCAAUUCGUCAAAUAAAUCAGUUUCAUAAUGGAAUCGAAAAAUUGGAAGGGAGAAAGUUAAGCAGUGACUUACUUUCGCCGCUGGAGUUUCUAAAGAUUCUGCAGGAAGUAGAAAAGGUUGUACCCACCCCGGCCAAAUUGCAUUUGCCAGUAAAGCUGGAAAAUAUGCAUGAGUAUUAUUCGGUUGUCAUUGCCCGUAGCUAUGUAAUGGAGCAAACCCUCAGGGUUGUGCUGCAGUUGCCGCUAAAAAGCGACGAUAAAUUGUUUCAGGUAUACAAUGUUUACACUUAUCCGAUAUACGACCACACACUCAAAAAAUGGUCCCAGUGGGAUAUGACAAGACAAAAUUUUCUGGUUAGUAAAGAUAGAUUGCAAUAUACUUUGUAUGAUGAGACAAAAUUCAGUAAAGAAUGCCUAAACGGGCGACUCAUUGUUUGUCCGUUGGAGCAUGUUCUGAUGAGUGUGGCCAAACGACCGAGCUGUGUGUCCGAGCUGUUUAUCGGAAAAAUGUCCUCUUGCUGUGCACGAAAGUUAAUAACUGGAUUAAGAUCCCCUGUACUAUUGAAGACACCCAACCACUGGGUGUACAGCACCUCUGAACCACACCGAGUAACCCUAAAUUGUUAUGAGAGCAACGGUAGAAUAAACGUGACUUCCCUGCUGAUGAGUGGCGUUGGAAUAAUUACGGAAUCGUACAAAUGUGAUGUUAUCACGGAUGAGUUCAAAGUGCCUGCCCGUAUAUACGGCAGCAGUAAUCAUGUGGGACAGUUAGGGAAAAUGGUGAUCCCAGAACUGAAAUCGAUGUUCUCUGACGAUGAGACGAAUCUUAUCACUGUUGAUGUGAACGCCACUCUAGAGGUCCUGAAGGGCCUGGACGAUGAGCUGGGUUCCGUGGGUGUUAGGGAAUAUCCCCUAGAAUGGGCUCUUUUUCAUUUGCGGUCCCACCAUGACUAUAGGCGUAGGGUACAGAAAAUGUCAGUUGUAGCAGUGAUAGGAACCUGUAUUGUUUUGAGCCUGAUCCUGCUGUGUGUGUUUUAUAGACACUGGACGAGACUUGCCACCUGGUGCCAGAGCUCCAGACUCCGUAUACGAGAGAGGAAAGCAGCGACUCUGACCAGUGUGCUGGCGAUGAGCGAGGCGGCGAUGCCUGAUGUUGAGAUGGGUGGUGGAGCCCAGACAACUGACGAAAUGGGGACUGCAGCCCCAGAAGUAACUACCGCUGGUGAACCAUAGACUUGGAUACCAGGAGUGUCGUGAGUAAGCUAACCUAACGAGAGACAGAGUGGACAAAACGAAUUUUUAAUUAACAUAUACGGGUUAAACUAAAUAGAAGCAAAGGACAUUGUGCCAAGACCGAACCGCGCACCAGGAGAAGAGUGGCGGGGGACGCCCUGCAUAUGUCAUUGAGAUGACAAUAUU